UGAAAAUUACAGCUGUGUGAAUGUACAUUGAUAUACAGAAAAUAUUCACCUAUUUCGUGAUUGUUUGGCGAUAGUUUUUGUACGUGAAGGUACGACGGCUUAGAUGACGAUGAUACGAGAACCAGGGCCAAGGUUUCGCGGUGGUGCUGGUGGUUGAUUGUAUACCAUGGGCUGCGGAAGUUCUAAAGUCGACGAUUUACCAUUGGUGAAACGUUGCAGAGCUAGAAAGGAAAUGAUCAAGUCUGCAAUGGACUAUCGGUAUGAUUUGUCUUCUUCACAUGUAGCUUAUUUUCGCUCUCUUAAUGACAUCGGCUAUGCACUGUCUCGAUUUGUUGAUGAAGAGCUUGUAGUCUCCUCAUCCUCUGCGUCUUCCCCUGUACUCACAUUGCCAUCUGAUGAAGGUAGUAAGACAGACAGUUCCAUUUCAUAUAUUCAUUCCAUUGAUCGUAACAACGACUCACAUCUCCAACUAUCUUCUGAUUCUGAAUCGGAUUUACAUUCCUCUUCCGGUGGUCAUAUUCAUAUCCACGAUGAUGAUGAUGAUGAUAGUGUUCCAGGAAACAAUAGCAAAUCGUCAUUAUCAUCGUUUUAUCCACCCUACAAUCACAAUCACAAUCAAACCAAUUGGAAUGACGUUGAUCCUUAUCGAAGAAACUUAGCGCCAUCACCAUAUCCAUUUCCUAAUGGUCCUUCGUAUGAAUCAGCUUGGGCCCCAUACGGAGGGAUUUUUUAUUCUUACAGUGGGAAUUCAAAUAUGUAUUAUAUGAAAAAAUCAGCCCCAGCUAGGAAUACUGUUUUUCAUAAGGAAGAAAGGGGGUUUCAAUCAGAUUAUAAUUCUAAUGUAGAUGCGAAGGGAGGUUUUUCUGGAUUUACCAAACACAAUCCCACCGAAGCUCCUUCACCUCCUCCUCCACCUAAAGCUUCUGAUUGGGAUUUUCUUAACUUGUUUGAAGGCUACGAAAAUGGGUACCCGAGUUAUGGAUAUGGGUAUGGGUAUAGUAGUCCAGAUACAAGUGAAGUGAGAGAACGAGAGGGAAUUCCUGACUUGGAAGAAGAAACAGAAAAUGAGUCUCACAGUGAAGAGGUUAAGUUGGAUACAACGAGGAACAAAAGAGAAGACACAACAAGGUUUGUUCCAAAAGAAAAUAUUCAAGUCAAUUCAUCUCAAAGUAGCGGGGGAAGUUCUAAGAGAGUGCCAAAGCCAUCAAGAAACAGUGAAGGCACUUCAGAUUCAGUACCCUCACACUCCAUAGAUAUUGAAGUAGAUACCAGUAUCCGUAGUACUGUUUCAGAAAGUGUGGGGGAGAAAAAAGAGGCGAGUGUUGAGGCAGAUGAAGAGGUUGAAUCAUCAAGAUUGAGUAGUUUAAAAAGAUUAUCUCCUCAUGGUUCUUUGGGUCUUGAAGAGGUAUUCAAUGAAAUCAAGAAUGAAUUUAACAUUGCUUUUGGUUAUGGAAAGGAGGUUGAUAUGUUGCUUGAAUCAGGGAAGGUUCCUUAUCACCCAAAGUUUGCACUUCUUAAAGUGGCUUUAUCUAUGAUUAUGUAUCCUUUCUCAUCCUCACUCAGUCCAAAACAAUCACAACUGUCACGUUCUCAAACAACCAAAUUAGCAAGAUCUUAUCAUCUUGAUGCAGUUGCAUCCAUUAGUCUUUCUUCUACCUUGGAGAAGCUUUAUACAUGGGAGAAGAAAUUAUACAAGCAAGUUAAGGAUGAAGAACGUCUAAGGCUGAAAUAUGAUAAAAUGUCGAAGAAGCUGAAAGAUUUGGAUGCACGUGGAGCUGAAUAUACUAAAAUCGAUGCUGUACGCGCUUCUGUAAGAAGAACACUGACUAAACUUGAUGUAUGCAUCAAAAGUAUUGAUGCUAUAUCUAGCAAGAUACAGAAGGUGAGAGACGAAGAAUUGCAGCCACAACUCAGUGAGUUGAUCUAUGGAUUCGUAAGGAUGUGGAAGUUGAUCGUGAAAUGUCACCGGAAGCAGUUUCAGGUCGUCAGUUCAAGCAAAACCUGGAAUCUAAAGGCAAACAUUAGUCCCCGAAGUGAUAAUGCAACAAUCGAGCUCAUAAUCGUCGUUCUCAGUUGGUGCAAACAUUUUGAGGAUUGGAUUAACGCUCAGAAAUCCUUCGUUAAUUCAUUAAACGCGUGGCUUCAGGAAUGCAUCGAUCAUGAAUCGGAAGUAACAAAUAUCCCGUUUUCACCUGGUCGUAUCGGAGCUCCUCCGAUUUUCAUGAUAUGCAACGAUUGGUACAACGGAGUAAAACGUGUUUCAGAAGAACACGUCUCGACGGCGAUACGUGUUUUUGCUUCGAAUUUGAGGAAGCUGUUGGAGAGACGAGAAGACGAGUUGAAUCAACGGCUCAAAACCGAGCAACUUGCGAAGGAUUUCUCGGAAAAACGUCAGAAUCUUCGAAUCGAUGCGUUGGAAAGGGGAUUUUUGGAGGCGGAUGAUCGGAAAAUGGAGUUACGAUUGCUGAGAAAGAAGACGGAAGAAGCACGGAGGAGACAUAAGGAAGCGGUGAAAUUAGUUCAUGAUGCUGCUUCCAGCUGUUUAAAAGGAGGUUUGAUUCCAGUUUUCAAGGCUUUACAGGACUUUAGUUGUGAUGCAUUAAAAGCUCAUGAGCAGAUCAGAUUAAAAUAGUUUUUAGGUAUAUAAAGAGGUUUUUUAGGGUAAAUAUGUUAAUAGCUAG